AUGUAUAAGAAGGAAUAUGUUAUCGAUUGCAAGGGUCACCUGUUAGGAAGGUUGGCAUCUCUUAUAGCAAAGGAAUUAUUAAACGGUCAAAGAAUAGUAGCCGUAAGAUGUGAAGAUAUAAACAUCUCAGGAAGUUUAUAUAGGAAUAAGCUUAAGUAUCAAGAAUUUUUAAGAUUAAGAACUAACACUAAUCCCAAAAAAGGACCUUUACAUUUAAGAGAACCGUCAAAAAUUUUGUGGAGAUGUGUACGUGGUAUGUUACCACAUAAAACAUAUAAAGGACAACUUGCCUUAAAGAAAUUGAAAGUAUGUGUUGGUAUGCCAUAUCCAUAUGAUAAGAAAAAGAAAUACGUUUUACCAAGUGCUCUUAGAGCUUUCCGUUUAAAAAAACACAGAAGAUAUUGCCGUUUAGGUACCUUAAGUUCAAGAGUUGGAUGGAAUUAUGAUACAUUAGUUAAAAAAAAUGAAGUUUUAAGAAAACAGGUUUCAAAAGCUUAUUAUAAGAAGAAAGUAAAUAACCUAAAUGAAAAGAAAGAAAUCAAAUCUGAAGCUCUAAAUUUAAUCAACCCUGAACAACGUCAAGUUUUAGAAAAUUUUGGAUAUGCAUAA